GCAGCAGCUUCCCACCUCCGAUGAAGAGCAGCCCGGCUCUGGCUUCGGCCACCAGCAGCGUCCCCACUGCAGGAAAAUCCUCACUGGCACUGGUCUCCUGGUGGUUCUGGGCCUGUGCUGGGUGGCCUUGCAGAAAUCUCCGGAGUUCCUGGUUCGCCGGUUCGGGUCACCUUCCUUGGUGGAGGGCCAGCCGGAAGCGCAGGAAGCGUGGGGCAUGGGAAAGGUGUGGCAGUGGCACAAGGACAGGCUCGAAGCGUACAAGAAACACAAGAAGAGGAACUGGGACGGUGAGCAGCAGGAAAAUGCGAAUGCAAGAUGGGAGGUGUUCGACGGCAAAAAGAUCAGGUUCAGAAACAAGCCGCGAGUCCGGCGGGAGUGGCGCACGCUGAGUGACGAGAUGAAACAGAAAGUGGCCGAUGCGUUCUGGAAGGUGAAGACCCUGACCGAGGCGGAGGGCCAGGCACUCUACGGGCCGAACUUCCACAACCACGACGACAUGCUGAUGCUCCACUCGUGCGCCACGACAGAUCCCCGAUGCGACCAGGGGCACUUUGGCCCUCAGUUCAUGACCUUCCACCGCGCUUUGCUGCUGAAGUACGAGUUGUCCCUGCUUGCAGUGGACCCCUCAAUCGAGGCCAUGCCAUAUUGGAACAUGGCCUACGACGCGCAGGGCGGCAAGUAUGAAAUGGACCCUAUCAAGGGCAUCUUCACCAACAACUACUUCGGUGACUACUACGGCAACAUGGGCAUGGCCAACUAUCAGGUGACCAACGGCCUCUUCGCCAACUGGCCCAUUGCCCACUGGACAAGCGAGCGCUUCGGCAGUAAGAGCCACAUGGCGAAGGGCAACCCGUGCAUCGAGAAAGAGUACUUCAAGGGCACCACGGCCAGCGUCUGUGACCGCUGUUGCAUGGACACAAGUGGCACCUGUGAGUGCGACGAGGAGACCGACACCUACUCAACGUUCCUGCGGGCUCACGACGACUGCACCCCGUGGGUGGCACGCUGGCCUGAAGAUCCGGACGGCAUGGGACCGCUGGGAGGCACCUACAAGCUCGUCUACAACGAGCAGGAUUUCAACAACUGCACGGACAUCAAACAGGUCCGCACGUGGAUGGAGUGGCAGGACUGCAUCGAGAUGAGCACCUUCAUGUGCAGCCAGCGGUUCAAGCGCAUCAGCGUCGAGCCAGGAUUUCUUCCGACGUUCCGCCAGCUGAUCUUGCCCCAGAUGCAGAAGCGAGCGGAUGCGAUUUCCGAGGACACGGACUAUGGCAAGUACGUGCGCAAAGCUGUCCGGAAGCUUACCGACACGGCUGAGCAGGAGAGUCAGUACUCCGACGCCUUCACGAGCGUGCUGCAAGAAAUCAUGAAGCAACUCUGCGGGGACUACAUGCUCUUCGGCUUCAUUCGAGACCGGAUCCAUCUCGGCAAGCAUCAGACGCCGAUAUACCCACGCUUCUUCCAUUCCCAGGCCCACAUCAAGUUCGGCAAGGACCUUUUGGACGUGACGACGUCGCCCAAUGAAGCAGCCGCUUUCACCGGCUACCAUUCAGACAUUGACCGCAGCAGCAUGACGUGGAUGAUAAACACGCAGCUGGCCAACCCAUUCAUGGACGAAGCAAGCUGGCUUUAUCCUGCCAACCAGGCGGUCAACCCCACGGACGACAUCGCCCAUGGCUCGUCUCAGGGCAUUGGAAAAGGCAUCUCUGGACCGUUCGCCAUCUACGAUGUGCUGGCCUGUGCCAAGGAUCAGGACACGUACUACCAGUACAAAGUUGCCGAAAGUCCCUGGCUUCCGGGAUCCUUGCUGAACGACGUGGUGAACAGCGGCUUCCCGUUCAAGAAUCUCUUCACAUGCGACGUGCCGA